AUGGCCUCUAUAGUGUGUCUGGCGACCUUCCUCUGCGGCGCAGCCUCUGUGUCCUUCUACCCAAACACCAACCUGACCGACACGUCAGGCAAUAUCAUCCAGGCCCACGGCGGGACAAUCAUCCAGGACCAGAACGCGUUGGCCUCGGGCGCGACAACAUGGUACUGGUUCGGCCAGGACGACAGCACCGACACCGACUUUGACGGGUUCCUAGGCGUGCCGUGCUACAAGUCCGACGACGGGAUGGCCUCGUGGGAUUACCUGGGGCUGGCGCUGUCGCCUACAGCAGGAACAGCAAUUUCUGACGACGCGGUGGUCGAGCGGCCCAAGGUGCUGUACAACGCAAAGAACGACGAGUACGUCAUGUGGUUCCAUCUGGAUAACAGCGACUACGGGCUGGCAGAGGUGGGCGUGGCUACCAGCUCGAGUAUCGAGGGUCCCUACACCUUUCUGUCGGGUUUCUCACCCUUGGGCCAUCAGAGUCGUGAUAUGGGCGUGUACCAGGACCCGGACACCGACGAGGCAUAUCUCAUCUUCGCUACGGACGAUAACGCCAAUCUGGCCAUCGCCUUGCUGAACGACGACUACACCAACACCACGGAGGUUGUGUACAACUUUACCGAUGUGUACUGGGAGGCGCCGGGGGUCAUCAAGAACGACGACACGUUCUAUCUGAUUGUGUCGCCGCAGAACGGCUGGACUCCGACGGCCAACAUCUACAUGACUGCCAGUUCGAUGAGUGGCCCAUGGUCAGACUAUGAAGAACUCGCACCUACCGAGGCAUACACCUAUCUGUCGCAGAACGCAUACGACCUGACGAUUGUAGGCAGCGAGGAGACAACCUUUGUCUACUUUGGCGACCGGUGGAACGGAGACGAGCUGUUCUCCUCGACAUACAGCUUCCUCCCACUAGAAAUCGACUCCUCCGGGACCAUGACCCUCCACAACACAGGCGGGUGGUCGCUGGACGUCGAGACAGGCGCCUGGGCCGACCUGUCGUACACGAGCAUCACGGCGGCGGAGUCGAGCUCGCGCACCACCGUCUCCUGCACGGAUGACUGCUCGGGUGGGAAAGCAGUCAGCAUGACCGACUCGACGACGUUCACCUUCACCUGGGAUGGGAGCGAUGGCGACAAGAUCAUGCAGGUGCAGUAUACCUACUCUGGGUCGGACAAUUCCUUCCUCAACCUGGGCGUCACCGUCGGCGGGGUCGCGGUCGCGGGCAAUGUUCUGAUUGAGAGCACGAUUGCCGUGUACACGCAGCAGGCGCCUAUUCCGUUGACCCUGUCGGAGGGCGACGAGGUGGUGAUCAGCCUGCUCAAUUGGAAUGGCGACUCUGUUUUGAUCGAGGGAGUGGAUAUUUACGUGGAGUAG